UCUAAUACUACUUACUAUAUUGCUUUAAGAAAACACACUUCAUAUAAAUACAACUAUUUUGCUAACCCAUUACAAACAAGUUAGUACCAAACAGAAGAAAAGAGAAAAAGAAAAAUGGCAUCUUCCCGUCCACCACCAUCAAAAUCAGUAGAUCUCGACCUGACCAUCGUCUCCGCCAAACAUCUCAAAAACGUCAACUGGAAAACCGGCGAUCUCAAACCCUACGUCGUCUUCUGGCUCGAUCCUGACCGUCGACUCGCCACCAAAUCCGACGACUCCGGCAACACUUCCCCUGUCUGGAACGAACGUUUCACCCUCUCUCUUCCACUUCCUCUACAAGACUCAACCCUCACUCUCGAGAUUUUCCAUUCCAAACCCUCCGAUACCCCAAAACCCCUCGUCGCCACCCUCCGUCUCCCCCUCAAAGACCUUCCUGAACUCAAUCACUCGAACAUCGUCAGGAAAUUCCCCGUCGUUCGUCCCUCCGGUCGUCCCCAAGGUAAAAUUCACCUCAAAAUUGGACUCCUUGGUCGAACUCCUCCUCCGCCAUUGCCACAAACCUUUGAUUUCCUCAAUCUCAACCCUAUCCCCAACUAUAACCCUAACCCUAAUCCUAAUUCCAACCCUUCCUUUGUUUAUUACAGAGGAGGAGGAUAUUCCCCUGCACACUCAUCUUCUCCACCACCUUCACCUUACAAUUCUUACCCUGAUUCUUACUAUCCCGGGUACUAUUCACUGGGUGCUGCUCCUUACCCUCCACCGCCUCCGAGGCCUUUCUUUGAUCGUGCCAGCACUGCUGCUGGACCGAGUGGACCUUCUGCCCCGCUUGAAUAUUCAACCUCGAUUGAUCAGAGGCCUAAAGGCGGUAAGAUGGGGUUAGGUGCUGGCCUUGCUGUUGGUGCUGCUGCUGGGGCACUGAGUGGAAUUGCUCUUGAAGAGGGGAUGAGGUAUGAAGAACGCAAACUUGCGGAAAUGGUUGAAAGUGAUGUUGCUUCUGCUAGAGAUGAUUAUGGAGAGGGGCGUUACCGAGAUUAUUGAGUUUGUUGCUACCGGUGUUUGCUAAGGUUUGAAGUAUACAAAAAAAAUAUAUGUAUGAUGUAUAUAUUUCAAUUUAGUGUUGGAUUUGAAUGCAUCUGUGUUGCUUUAUUUAAUUUAAUGCAAGAUGAUAAUGAAGUAAGAAUGCAAAUGUUUAUCAUGUGAUGUGAUGAUUUGGAAUUGUUCAUCCGGGUUUUAAUUAUUUAUAAAAAUUAAAUAAAGUUGGUUUUUUUAUAA